CCUUCAAACAGGGUUUCUUUAAAAAUGGCGCGAGAGACACAGUGACAACGUUGAUUGUAUGCGCAGAGCCACCAUAUUAAAUUACUUCUUUGCAUUUUUGAUAGGAUGAGUACUGUCGAUUAACAAAAAUGUUGUAAGAAUAAUCGCUCGACCAGAACGUGUUAAAACUACAGAAUGAUUCACGAGAUGAGAUUUUAGUCGAAUUUACGCUAAAUUAUGUAUACACAUCGCCACUCCACUCAAUGUCAUACAAUUUCGAUCCAAUAGCACUGCUGGUAUACAUUAUAUAGAAUUAUCGGCGAUAACACACUGAAACAUAUGAGUUGGCAUACUUACAUGGCUUAAAAAACACAACCAAAACCAGCCAAUCAUAGUCGACCGUGUUUUUAGGUUGUCCAUUAAAUUUCACAUUCUGAUUUUCGCGGGAUUCACCAGGAACAAUCACAAAAUGAAUUGGUCUGCGAUCUGUCAUUUGUGUAUUUUGAUGAGUUUGUUGUUGGUGGUGCGGUGUAAUGAUGAUGAUGAUGAUUAUGGGGCUGAAGACGGUGAUGCCGAUGAUGGUUACGUAGACCAUGGCGACUUCGAUUCACCGACAAAGGAAUAUGCCACCGAUCCGAAAAUUUUGUCACGGAAUGUAAAGUGUUUGGUGUGCGAGGCCACAAUAUUGGAAAUGAAAAAUGCCAUCAAAAAAGUCGAUCCCAGGAAGAAGGUCGAAGUGAGCGGCUUUCGCAUGGAUUCGGACGGGUUCUCUGAAGUCAAAUCGGUUCAAUAUUCCAGAUCCGAAACGUAUUUGACGGAACUCAUGGACACGAUAUGUAAAAAAAUGGAUGAUUAUGCUAAGGCUCGUGACAAGGUAACCAGGAAACUAUUGGUAUUAAAGAUGGUAACGGACGAUGGAAAAAUGAAUCCGUUGAUGGGCUCUGUGGACUUUGUACAAGACGGUGACUUGAACAAAAGUUUGGAACAUUUUUGUCUGGAAAUCCUGGAGGAUCACGAAGAGGCAAUCCUGAAGGAAUUCAUGAAAGAAGUUCAAGCCGACAACAUUGAUCACAUUGUCUGCACGAAGACGGCCAAAUACUGUGAUGAAGAUGAUGCCGACGAAGACGAUUACAACCGAGACGAACUAUAACAGCGGUGGACUUAGUCGAAUUGCAAUUUAGUUGAUAAAACAAGGAAUUUAAUUCGUUUGGUUGUGCAAAUUGUUAAAAUGAAAUUGUUGCGAGUAUACGUUGUGACCGCAGCGCGUUUCAAUUUAAAAAAAAAGUGUUCAGAGUCUAGACUGUUUAAUUUUGUACCGAACAAAUAAACGGCAAAUAAAACCC